CAGUGAAGUUUAGCUGAACAGGAAACACUGAAGCCGCAGCAGCAGCGGUAGCGCUGCAGGUUGUGCUGGAGCUCAAAAACCAUUAAAAGUACGAAAGUUUCCGGCCCGGGCAGACCUGGACGUUAAUUCUUUCACUAUCCGAGAAGAGAGGACACUGAGCCGGCUAGAAGCCCGAGUCCUGACCGGAGGAACGACCGUCUUGUGAAGCAGUGUACAACAGUGGGGCUGCAAGCUCCACGCUGGUGCUGAGACACGAUGAAGAGGUUCAGGCGACAUGGCCAUGAGUCCCAUAGGGAUCGCCUGAAACAGGAGCUUUUCCAGUUCAGCAAGACAGUGGAGCAUGGAUUCCCCCACCAGCCCAGCGCUCUGGGCUACAGUCCCUCUCUGCAUCUGCUGGCUAUAGGAACCCGCUCCGGAGCCAUCAAACUAUAUGGAGCUCCAGGUGUGGAGUUCAUGGGACUGCAUGAUGAGAAUGCUGCUGUAACACAAGUGCACUUCAUGCCUCACCAGGUUGAGAUGGUAACUUUGCUGGAUGACAACAGUCUGCACAUGUGGACUCUUAGAGCCCACAAGGGACUGUCGGAGCUUCUAGAGAUCGGACGCUUCAUGCUUACUGGACCACCGGGUGCCCCCCCGAGUGUGACCCGAGUGACUGCAGUGCUGGCCCACUCUUCAGGAGAGCUGCUGUUGUUGGGGACAGAAGGAGGACAUGUCUUUGUUGUUGAAGUGCCAGGAUUCAGAGAGUUGGAAGAGAGGAACAUCAGCCUGGACCAGGUCUCCAACAGUGUACCUGAUGACUACAUUGGUCGCAGGAAUUUGGAACACGUAGAGGCCCUCCAUGAGAACCCUACCAACCCCAGUCAGGUUGUUAUAGGGUAUGGUCGGGGUCUCAUGGUCAUCUGGGACUUAGAGAAGCAGUGUGCCAUCCAGCACAUUCCUGCUACACAGCAGCUGGAGAGUGUGUGUUGGACUGAAGAUGGAAGCUACAUCCUGAGCUCUCACAGCGAUGGAAGCUACUGUCGCUGGAGGGUGGGGGGACAGGAUGAGACGGAGGAGGAGGAGGAGGAGGAGGAAAAAUCAGACAUUCCUUAUGGACAUUUUCCCUGCAAAGCCAUUACUAAAAUUGUUCAGCUCCCCACUACAGAAGGGCCUCCCUUCCUUCUGUUCAGCGGUGGCAUGCCCAGGGCCAGCUACGGGGACCGUCACUGUAUCACAGUGAUCCACAGGAAAAUACACGUGGCCUUAGACUUCACCUCCAGAAUCAUUGACUUCUUUGUCAUCAGAGAUGGACCGGAGCACACAGGAGACCCCAGUGUGCUGCUGGUCCUGGUGGAGGAGGAGCUGGUAGUUGUAGACUUGCAGACAGAAGGCUGGCCUGUUAUUCAGACCCCAUACCUGGUUCCUCUCCACAGUUCAGCCAUCACCUGCUCUCAGCAUGUCUCUGCCAUCCCUCUGAAGCUGUGGGAGAGGAUCAUUGCUGCUGGAAAGCUACAGAACAUGCAUUACUCUGACAAGCCUUGGCCAAUAAUAGGAGGUAAAAACCUGGCCCCUGAUCCUGCACAAAGAGACCUCCUGCUCACAGGACAUGAGGAUGGAACAGUACGUUUCUGGGAUGCAUCGGGAGUUUGCCUGUAUCCUCUGUACAAGCUGAGUACAGCUCCAGUGUUUCAUACUGACGCCGACCCCAAUGACAACAUGAACCAAAGUGCUGAGGGGGAGUGGCCACCGUUCAGGAAGGUCGGUUGUUUUGACCCUUACAGUGAUGAUCCGAGGCUGGGCAUUCAGAAGAUUCAUCUAUGUAAAUACAGUGGUUAUCUGACUGUAGCCGGCACUGCAGGACAGAUUCUAGUGCUGGAGCUGAAUGAUGAGUCAGCAGAGCAGACCGUGGAGGCCAAAGUUGUAGAUCUGCUGCAGGGCCAGGAGGGCUUUCGCUGGAAGGGCCACACUCAGCUGGACGUGCGGGAGGAACCGGUGCAGUUCCCCCCAGGCUUUCAGCCCUUUACUCUGGUUCAGUGCCAGCCUCCUGCUGUGGUCACUGCCCUCAGUCUGCACUCUGAGUGGAAGCUGGUUGCCUUUGGUACCAGCCAUGGCUUUGGCUUAUAUGAUUACCAACAAAAGAACACCGUUCUCAUCAACUCCAGGAGGCGAACGCUCGUCUUGAGGCCGAGCUGGCUGAGAUGGAGCUGGCCCCCGUCCAGAGGAAGAUCGAGGCUCGUUCCUCAGACGACUCCUUCACCGGCCUCGUACGAACGCUCUACUUUGCUGACACUUUCCUCUCUGACAGUUCACAUAACACUCCCUCUCUCUGGGCGGGGACUAAUGGUGGUGCUGUGUAUGCGUACAUGCUCCGCCUUCCUACUGUAGAGCACAGAGCAGAUGAACCUGUCACUGCACAACCAGCCAAAGAGAUCCAGCUGAUGCACCGUGCCCCUGUUGUUGGUGUAGUUGUGCUGGACGGCCACGGGGCUCCCCUCCCCGAGCCUCUGGAGGUGGCACAUGACCUGGCUCGAUCCCCUGACAUGCAUGGCUCACACAACCUGGUGGUCAUAUCAGAAGAGCAGUUUAAGGUGUUCACGCUGCCCAAGGUGAGCUCAAAGAUGAAGCUGAAGCUGACUGCUGUAGAUGGGUCCAGGGUCCGGAGGGUGGGAGUAGCCUGGUUUGGCAGCAAUCGCACAGAGGAUUAUGCCGAGAGCGCCCUAGUCUUCCUGACCAAUCAGGGUGAUGUGCAUGUGGUGUCACUGCCACAUGUGAAGAUGCAGGUUCAUUACCCGUGUAUUCGACGAGAGGACGUGAGCGGCAUCGCCUCGUGUGUCUUCACCAAGCAUGGCCAAGGCUUCUACCUGAUCUCUCCAUCGGAGUUUGAACGCUUCUCCUUGUCCACUCGCUUCCUGGUUGAGCCUCGUUGUCUGGUGGAGGCACCGCUUCAUUUAGGCUCAUCUAACCAGCACCGAGCAGAACCUGAUGGAGCUACAUCUGCUCACAGAACCACACAACACCGUGAGGAUGCAGAAAGUGCAGCUAGAUGCGUUAUGGAGCAUGCUUUGCUGAAUGAUGAGCAGGUUCUUCAGGAGAUCCAGAAGUCACUAGAAGGCGAUCAAAUGUCAUUCCUGGAGAAUAAUGUGAAGAAAGCUGUAGUCUGAAAGCAACAGCUGAGAAACCAGACUGAUUAUUGUGCAAGGAGAGUUCUGCAGUCCUGCAGCAGCUUUCACCAACUGCCAAUACAACCACUACUGAAGCCCAGCCCACACCCCUCCCUGCAGCACAGACACACACCAAAGGCUCAUGGACAUGCAGAUGGAUCGACGGAGUGCUUGUGUGGCUAACGCUCACUCCUGCCCUCCAUGGUUUAAAGCCAAAGCUGCAGAAAGCAGCUGCUGUCAGCAGCUGGCCUUAAACGUGCUGAGCGCUCAGACAUCAGCAGCAGUUGGAAACGCUGCUUCCCUCGAAUGGAAAGCUUGAUGAAUGUGGACUAAAAUAUGUGCUGUGUGGAUGAAAAUCUGAGAUUGAAUACGUUGCAAACAGUUUUUUAGUUUUGUGUGUUUCUAGAGCUGAAGCUGAUUUCUGUUAGGUGUGUGGAAAAACACUCAGCAUCCAAACUUUAUCUUUUUAUUGUGUUUAGUUAAAUGGUAAUUUCAAACAUUUUUAAGAAUCAAUUUUGUAUUUAAACUAUAUUGUUAGGUAAUUUUUAACAUUAGGUCACAAGUUUGUGUAAAAAUCCUCAAAUCUUGACAUAAGUUUGACUUUUGUAUCAUUUUUACAAAAAAAUGUGUAAAGCUCACACUUAACCAGGGUUGAGUAGACCUGAACUUGGAUUGAACUCAGGUUUUAACAUUUUUAAUGUUCUGACAGAAAUAAUCUCCUGUUCUUUUCAGAACAAAAAUCAAAAUCAGUUCAGUUGUUUAUUUGUAGUUACACUACUGUAAUCCUCAGACACUGGAUGCUGUGAUGCUCCCCAGCAUCCAUCUUAAGGUACUUUUUCACUAGAAAACAGCUCAGUGCUGGAUUUGUUUGGCGGGAAUCUUUACUCGAAGAUGUUUUGUUUUUAUGCCAUCAGUGAUUGAUGUAAUGUAGAAAUGUAAUUGUAAGCUAUUGUAGUGAGAUGAUUUUAAUAUAUUUCCUGUAGAAUGACAUACCAUUGGGCAGGUUAACUGCUCCUUACAUCACAUGAGGAAAUGUUUUGGUAUCGUUUGUCAGAAUGCUGGGGAUUUUAGCAUCAGCCUUAAAUAUAUUUUUCUAGCAAACUGAUUAAGAACUCUAAUAUUUUUGGAAUUGUAUGUAUUGUCACACUACAGUUUUCUCACUGAUGAUUACACUUUUUUAAAGAAUGAA